AUGAAAUGUUUCCUGGAGUUCAAGCCAGGGGGCGCUCUGUGCCACAUCUUUGCGGCUGUGUUCAAAUUCAAAAGUGAUCAAGGAUGGCGAAGGUUCGAUUUCCAGUCGCCUUCACGCAUGGAUCGAAAUGUGGAGAUGUUUAUGCAGAUUGAGAAAUCUCUCGUCUCCAACAAGUGUUGGAUGCCUCCCAACAUCUUUAUCCGACCGGACGUUGAUAAGAUCUUAGUUCCCAAACUGAAAGACAUUAUUAAGCGUCACCAGGGUGUAAUGGCUGAGAAGGAGGAGGAUGCCACGCAUAUUGUAUACACGCUGCCCUCUCACCCGCCACCCAAUGAUGACUUUUUCCGACCCGUUUUGAAACGAGAACGUAAUACUUUGAUUCAUUGGUGGUACCAACCUGACAGUUACGACAGCUGGGUGACAGAAGUAAACAUUGACUAUGAACCUGAUUCACCACUGACUAAACAUGGACCAUGGGAGGUUAGUGCACGGUGGUUGCUCGAUCUGGAGGAAUUCAACGAGUGGAUGAACGAAGAAGACUACUUGGUUGAAGAUGAGUUUAAUGCUGACGGGAGCAGUAAGAAGUACAAGAAAUGUAACCGACUCAAGUUGACGGUAGAGGAUAUAGUAGGCAGUGUAGAGUACGACCGGCGUGAGAAGCGAAGUGACAAGAAGGGGAAAAGAAAACGAUCUCCAUCUCCUCCCCCACCUCCCCUUGAGAAGAAGCAGAAACGAAAAAGCGGUCGAACAUCCGGUCCGCCCAGUGCGAACAAGAAGCGAUCGGCACGCGACGAUGAUGAAGAUGAUUUGACAAAAGAAAUGGACGAGCCGACACCAGAACCUAACAUUCAGGAGGUUACAGUCAACAAACAAGUUGUGGGUUCGAGGAGUAAGUCUGACAAUGAGCAGCAGCCAGUCAAAGGAGGAACGCUGAUGGAUUUGGAUGAAGAGUCAGGAGACAAGGUUGAGCAGGCGGAGGACACUGCGGUGGUAGAAGACGACCAGUCGAAGGCGGACAAGGACGAACAGGAAGACAACGUGACGGAACAGACGCACCACAUCAUCGUGCCCAGCUACUCGGCCUGGUUCGACUACAACAGCAUCCACGCCAUCGAAAGACGCGCACUGCCCGAGUUCUUCAACGGAAAGAACAAGUCGAAAACACCAGAAAUCUACAUGGCAUACCGGAACUUCAUGCUGGACACAUACCGCCUGAACCCGACGGAGUACGUGACGAGCACGGCGUGUCGUAGAAACCUGGCGGGCGACGUGUGUGCAAUCAUGCGCGUCCACGCCUUCCUCGAGCAAUGGGGGCUGGUCAACUAUCAGGUGGACGCGGACAGUCGGCCGUCGUCCAUGGGGCCCCCAUCCACGUCACACUUCCACAUCAUGGCCGACACGCCAUCCGGGCUCAUACCCAUCAACCCGCCGAAAACAGUCCAGCCGACCGCUGCUCAGCAGAUUGUCGAUCUGGACAAGGGAGACGGUGAUGACAAGAAAGAUAUCAGCAAGUUUGGUCUGAAAAUGGACAUUUACACCAAGAAGAUCUUGAAGGACAAGAACUCGGCUGUGCGGACGCGCGAGUGGACGGACCAGGAGACGCUGCUGCUGCUGGAGGCAUUGGAGAUGUACAAGGACGACUGGAAUAAAGUGUGCGAGCACGUCGGCAGUCGGACCCAGGACGAGUGUAUACUCCACUUCCUACGACUCCCCAUUGAAGACUCGUACCUCGAGGAUGAUGGCGGCCAUCUUGGUCCAUUGGCGUAUCAGCCAAUUCCGUUCUCACAGAGUGGAAACCCGAUCAUGUCGACGGUGGCGUUCCUCGCGUCCGUGGUCGAUCCCAGAGUGGCAAGUGCAGCGGCCAAGGCAGCGUUAGAGGAGUUUUCUAAGAUAAAAGAGGAGGUUCCGCCCACUUUGGUCGACGCCCACAAGAAGAUGAUUGAGGAAGCGGAGAAAGACGGCAAAAUUGUCGACAGUUCGUACGGCCUCGACAAGACCGGCAUUGCUGGAACCGCGCCGGACAAAGAAGAAGCAAAAACACAAGACAAACCGACUUUGAAAUCGUCUGAUGAGACCACAGAAGAGGCAGCUACUGAAGGGGAUGAAGUGAAGAAGGAAGAAAAAACUGAUGAGACAAAGAAGGAAGAAAAGCCAGAAAGUUCAGCAGAGAAAGAAAAAACUGAAGAACCAAUGGAAACUGAUGCGGAAGUGGAGAAAAAAGAAGAAAUAAAGGAAGAAAAGAAAACUGAAAACAAAGAGGAGGAAGAAAAGGAAGAGAAAGAAGAAGAAAAGAAACAAGCUGAUGUAGAGAUUAGCGAAAAGAAAGAUGGAGAAAAAUCGUCAGAAGGAGAUACAGAGAAGGAAGAGAAAGGUGAAGAGAAGAAAGAAGCGACCGAAUCAGACAAGGAAGGAGAGAAGAAAGCAGAAAUGAAGAUGGUGAAGAAUGCGGAUGGUAAAGACGGGAACAUCAUCACGGCCGCAGCUAGUGCACUGGCAGCAUCGGCCGUGAAAGCUAAGCACCUGGCUGCAGUGGAGGAGAGGAAGAUUAAGAGUCUGGUCGCUCUGCUCGUGGAGACGCAGAUGAAGAAACUGGAGAUCAAGCUGCGGCACUUCGAGGAGCUGGAGACCAUCAUGGACAAGGAGAGAGAGGCGCUGGAGUAUCAGCGGCAGCAGUUGUUACAGGAGCGGCAGCAGUUCCACAUGGAGCAGAUCCGCGCGGCAGAGUACCGGGCGCGGCAGAUCAGUCUACAGCAGCUGGCCGCCGAACAGAGGCAACAGCUAGUGCAGCAGUCCGGGGAAGUCACUUCUCCUGGUGGCGCUGCGACAACACAGAACCCAUCACUGGCCGCGGCGGUCGCACAGGGCAGCUACUCAAUGCACGGGUCGCCGAUGCCACCACAGGGGCCACAGGUGGAGCAGGCUCAGCAGGCAUCACAGGGAUCCCCAGCACCUUCAUCUCAGUCAUCAUCACAACCUGCCACCCCUCAAUCUCAGACACCACAGGUAGCGUCAACACCCACCCCAACACCACCACCACCACCCGUAGCCACUGCAACCGUGAGCCCAUCCCUGCCGCCGACACCCAGCCAGGCAUCAUACCCCCAGACCCAGUCCCCUCUGGCUACCGCUCCACAGAGUAUGCCGCCGGCUGCUCCUCAGAAUAUGCCGCCUGGUGGUCCUCAAAGCAUGCCAUCGAGUGGUCCUCAGAAUAUGCCGUCGGGUGGUCCUCAGAAUAUGCCGUCGGGUGGUCCUCAGAAUAUGCCGUCGGGUGGUCCUCAGAGUAUGCCGCCAGGUCCUCAGAGUAUGCCGCCAGUAUCAACAAGCAUGCCGCUUCAGAGUCAGCAGCAGCAGCAGCACUACUCACAACAUCCAUCAAGUCAAGGGCAGACAACUCAGUCAUCCUACUCGUCGCAUUCUCCUGCACCAAGCUACACGCAGCCAUCACCAUCAGGACAGAGUUAUCCCCCUGGACAGUCGUAUCCACCGCAGGCGAUGGGUCAGCAGCGGUUUCCACCGGGUCAGCAACCGCAGCAGCAGUUUCCACCACAGCAGCAUUCGGGGCCUGGUUCGUACCCAUCUCAGUCACAGUCGCCUGCCGCACCAUUCAUGCCACAGUCGCAGGCCCAGCCGUCGUACUCACCCGGCAUGCCACCACACACGCAGCAGGGCAUGCCGCCGGCAUCCUACCCAUCACCGCAGCAGGGCAGUGGUCAAUUCUCUCCUCACCCUCACGGUCAGCCUCCCUACCCUUACGGCCAGAAUCAGCCAGCACCUUUUGCUUCUCAGCCGGGCGGGGCUGGUCAGCCCUACCCACCCCAACCUGGCCCUUACCCGCAAGGACACUCCCACGGGAUGCCACCUCAGAGCACGCCGCUUCCCCCAACUGGAAGAUCUGCACAGCCUCCUCCUGGCACCUCCCCAGGUGCGUUUACUGGAGACGAAAGUGGUAUGACCCAACCAUCGGCCAGUCUACCUCCAGCAAAAUAGUUACACCCUUUCCUUUGUCAUCAAGUCCAUAGCUUUCAUCCUGAAACUAUCAUUGUUGUACAGUGCUGUUGUACAUUAUAUGAAAUACAUAGUUAUGCGAAACACAUAGUUGUACAUUAUGUGAAACACAUAGUUGUACAUUAUGUGAAACACAUAGUUGUACAUUAUGCGAAACACAUAGUUGUAUAUUAUGCAACAUGUGGUUGUUGUACAUUAUGCGAAACACAUAGUUGUACAUUAUGCAUUAUCCAACACAUAGUAAACACAUAGUUGUACAUUAUGUGAAACACAUAGUUGUACAUUAUGUGAAACACAUAGUUGUACAUUAUGCGAAACACAUAGUUGUACAUUAUGCAAAACAAAGCAUAGUUGUACAUUAUGUGAAACACAUAGUUAUACAUUAUGUGAAACACAUGGUUAUACAUUAUGCGAAACACAUAGUUAUACAUUAUGCGAAACACAUAGUUAUACAUUAUGUGGAAAUACAUAGAAUAGACAAACAUAUGUUGCAUCUUUGUAUAACCUGAAGAACAAUUUUUACAAUCAAUUAUCCAAGAUUGAUAGAACAACCCCCCAGGACAGGCAAUAUGUUUUUAUCUUAAUAAAAAUUGGUGGAAUUAUUUUUAUUAAUGUGUAAAGUCUACAAGAGCUCUCAACUGGAUCAAAACAAAAGUAUUUUCUCCUCACGAUGUUGUGAGGAGAAUAUCUAUAUCAUGUCUACUAUGCCUCACGAGGCCAAAACUUUAUUAUUUGUUUGUUGUAAUCACAGAGAAUUCUUCAAUGUACGUCAGUGACACAGUCAAUAGAAUCUCAGUUUUAUUUAGUGAUAUAAAUAGGGGGGGGGGGGGGGGACAUUUCUGAUAGGGCAGCUAAUCUAAACAGCCUUUUCAUUUGCAAGUUUAUACAAGUUACACAUUUUGGUCAGGGUUGUUUUAGGAUCAAACCUAAUUUUUUAUUUUUAAUGCCACCAGAAUGCAGUAAAAACCAAGUAUUAAAAAUUUAAAAUUAACAAUGUAAUGGAGUCAAAAUGGGCCUUACCAAUAAUUUGGGGAUUGCAACGAGCCUUUUUAACGUCCUUUUGUGGUGAUGUUAAACAAAAAACAUUAAUGAAUUAAAAUCCCCCAUCCCCUCCCCUCCCCUCUCCUCCACACUAAUGUAUUCUGUUAUCUGAGACAUCCCUCAACAUUUUCACUUGGUGCAGAUGUCUUUGAAAUAUACUGAAACACAAAAGAAUUCAUUUAAAAUUGUUCACUGUGAAUCCCAUAAUUUUUUGUUUCUAUUAAAACUUUAGAUGUCUUGUGAACAUUUUAGGCUCAUUUUAACAAUCUAUUUACAAAAUUAAUUUCUUUAGUAAAACAUAUGAAGAUAGCAGGUUCAAAAACCCGAUAAACGCUAUUUUAUUUUUAAAAAACAAGUUCUACUAUCAUUACACAGUUCACGGCGUUACGUUCUAAUUUUCACACUCAUUUUUUGAAAUUCUGUCCUUUAUUUACUUAUAAAUUUCAACUUAAGAUAGCCCAUUGUGGACCUAAUAUGUUUUACAUAGAAAACAUAACAAAUAAAAAUCUUUUGCAGAAAAUUACUAAAUGGAUUUAUCGCUUUUUGGGCCUGAACUCUUCAUAUAUAUAUAUAUAUAUAGUAAGGCUAAGGCAAAAUACUAGUGUCCCAACCGGUUUUUGCCAAUCAAUAUCACCACAGGCAGGAAGAUCUUAUUGCUUGCCAUCAGGUCAGGUCAGGUCAGGUCAUAGGGUUCAAUGUGCACAUUCAGAGCAAGUUGUAGUGCACGCCUGUCGUGGGCGCAGAUGUCGACCCAUGUAGGCUGCCCCAUCCAGGACAAGAUGCCUGCCGUUGGGUCGGGUCAGGUCAUAGGGUUCAACGUGCACAUUCAGAGCAAGUUGUAGCACACGCCUGUCGUGGGUACAGGUGUCGACCCAUGUCGGCUGCCCCAUCCAGGACAGGAUGCCUGCCGUUGGGUCAGGUCAGGUCAGGUCAUUCAUAGGGUUCAACCUGCACAUUCAGAGCAAACUGAUGUAGCACAAACGUUAUGGGAACGGGUGUGGCUCCCCAGUCUAGGACAGGAUGCCUACCGUCCUGUCGCACCGACCAUUAUACUUUAUGAUUAUGUUUGAUCAGGCAGGUUUCGAUAUAUAUAUACAGUCAAACUUCAAUAAUUCGACAGAGUUUGGACGUGGGCAGUGAAGAGCACGCUUUUUACAAUAUCAAGUGAAAUCAUCCAGCUGCAAUGCAGUUUCAAAUUUGAACUCCUAUAUUAAUUUUGAAAAUUUGAACUUCCUGAAACUCUUAUUUCCUAAUCCCCUUCAAGUUCAAGUUAUCGAAGUUUGACUGUAUAUUAUUAUUAAACAGGUCUCACACUGGGAAUAAUAUUAUUUUAGCCAAUGUUAGAUAUUUAGAGUAUUUCUUUAAAAAUUUUUUUACAAAAUGGCUAAUUUAAAGAAAACUUUAUUAGCCAAAUAAUAAAUGUUGUAGCCACUUUGUAUAGAAAUUAGCAAUUGGCUAAUUUGGCAAUGGGCAGGACGAGCCCUGAUUAAAAUAUUGACUUAUCUUUUGUCGUUACGUGUAAGCCAAGGAAUGCUGUUUUCUUGUGAGAACCAUGUAUGUACGGCAACGGGUGUUGAUGUCUGCCAUGAUUGAUCAUCAAAUGUAAAUAUGUCAUUGUCUGUGAACUGUCGGUGGUGCAUCGUAUGUAAAUUGUAACAUUUUUAAAUGUCGGAAUAAUAAACAUGUCUUAACUUGGAGGAAUCCAGGUUUGUA